AUGACGGAGGCGCUAGAGUUGUGGAAGAGGAAUCCGGUGGAGCUGGUCAGGGAGCUCAUCGGGAACCCGGCGUUCAAAGAGUCAUUGCGCUACGCACCGGAACGUAUCCUCGAGAAGCUGAAGGGGAAAGUCUCGCGGCGGUAUUCAGAGAUGUGGACUGCCGACUGGUGGUGGGAGACACAAGUACGUCAGCAUUUUGGCGCCGAAGGUGCCACCAUCGCGCCUGUGAUCAUCGCUUCCGACAAAACUCAGCUGUCAACAUUCAGUGGGGAUAAAUCAGCAUGGCCGGUGUAUCUUACCAUUGGUAAUAACGAGAAGGAGGUGCGCCGAAAACCUAGUCAGCGUGCCACUCUCCUUCUUGGGUACAUCCCAGUCUCGAAGUUGGAAUGCUUUUCGAAGCCUCGACGGUCAAUCGAAGCAAACCGACUAUUCCACAGCUGCAUGCGUAAGCUUCUACAGCCUCUGGUGGAUGCAGGAAACGAGGGUGUCAGGAUGGUCUGCGCUGACGGGGGCGUACGCGUUGUAUACCCGUUAGUUGCCGCCUACAUCGCCGACCAUCCAGAGCAGUGCCUAGUAGCAUGUGUCAAGGAAAGCAAAUGCCCUCGCUGCACAGUCGCCACGAACGAACGCGGAUCUCCAGUAUACUCCGUUCUACGAGACCCAGACGAGACGAUCGCCCUCCUCCAGCAAGAGGCUGCCGGGAUCAAAACCGACGCUUUUCGAGAUCUUGGCCUCAAACCCAUCAUCCCCUUCUGGAUAGACUUACCAUACUGCGAUAUUUUCUCCUGUAUUACACCCGACAUUCUCCACCAGUUGCACAAGGGGGUCUUCAAAGACCACCUCGUCAGUUGGACGACAAAAGCUAUGAGCCUAGUCGUGGGUAAAGGCAAAGGUGCGGACGAACUAGACGCGCGCUACAAGUCAGUCCCUGAUCAUGCCUCGCUUCGCCACUUCCGUCGAGGCAUCUCGCUCGUGUCGCAAUGGACUGGCCAUGAGUACAAGGACAUGCAGAAGGUCUUCCUCGGCAUUCUCGCAGGGUCUGUCGAUGAGAACGUCAUUCGCGCAGUCCGUUCAGUGCUCGACUUUAUUCAGUAUGCACACUUCGAGGAGCACUCUGACGAAUCACUCGACGAAAUGGACGCAUCAUGGCUCGACUUCCAUCGCUAUAAGAAGAUCUUUAUCGAACUCGGAAUCCGCGAUGCCUUUAACAUUGCGAAGGUCCAUUCGAUGCGCCACUACAUCGACUCUAUCCGCUCACGCGGUUCUGCCGAUGGUUUCAACACCGAAGGCACCGAACGCUUGCACAUCGACCUCGCAAAGCUUGGCUACCGCGCUUCCAAUAGAAAGCAAUACCUUCGACAGAUGACGCGGUGGUUAGAGCGCCAGGAGUCGGUGCAUUGGUAUGCUUCAUACCUUCAGUGGGCUGUUCCAGGAUACGUUGCAGAGAUAGGUAGGAUACCGGAUGAUGACGAAGAGGACGGCGAGCAGGAUGACGAGGAGGUUAUCGAUCAGGCUGAGGAGGUGGACGAGGAGGGAGAUGAUGCACCGGAGGUUGAACGAGCGCCACAGCUAAGUUCCAUGCCUGCUCUGUCCGACGCUUCGUACAGUGUCCCUUCGCUACCUGUGAAGAUUGCCAAGAAGGCUUCUCUCCGAGUGAGUGUGGCAGAUAUGGAGUCUCGUUACGGUGCUGUCAAUUUCCUAUGGACUCUUUCCGACUUCCUUCGCCAGUCUGCUCUUGCCCCUCUCCCAGCUGUCGUUACUCAGCGUACAUCUUUCCCUGUCUUCAAACGUUUCUACCUUCAACUCCCCCUCGUUGACGCUGUCUCGAGCACCCGCACGAAGGAUACCAUUCGUGCUACCCCACACCAACCUCGUUCUGGUCUUCGCGCUGCGGUACCCGCUCGAUACGACACUGUUCUCAUCCGUGAGAAGACCCCAUCGUCAUCUCUUCCACAGGGGCACCCUCUCUACGGUCUACGUGUCGGACAAGUUCGGGUUAUCUUUCGCUUGCCGGACGGAGUUGACUGCUUCACGCAGACACUUGCCUAUGUUCAAUGGUUUACGCCGUUCCGCGAUGCUGACUCCCUCUAUGGCAUGCACACCAUCAAGCGUUCAACACGCAAUCACUCUCGUUACGCUUCCAUUAUUCCCCUUUCUGAUAUCGUACGCAGUUGUCUCUUGCUUCCUAUUCCGCCCACGCAUACCCUACCCAGUACUUGGACAUCUGACAAUGUUCUUGAUGAAUGUACAGCGUUUAGGCUCAAUCCAUACUUACGCCACGAUGAUUUUUAUGUCUUACGGUUUAUCUCUAGUCUUUUCCGAAAGGAUCAUAGGCCUCCUUGA